AUGGAACAUAGGAUGAAGCCCGUCGAAACCCCACGGGUCUUUGCGCUCCACCGGGAAUCUAUACUGAAGGCGCUUUUUCUUCCCAAUGUAGACAUGCGGUCGGAAAAAGCCGAGCUGGAUACGAAGAGUCCUGGACAGGUCCUCGAUCCCCCUUCCGAGUACGAGCAGGAGUUGCCGGCGCUCACAAGUACCACCGAGCGCAAGUUGAUGGCCAAGAUUGACUGGCACAUUUUACCUUGCUUGUGUGUUCUGUACCUGCUUGCUUUCUUAGAUCGAGUCAACAUUAGCAAUGCGGCGAUUCUCGGGCUCAAGGAGGACUUACACUUGGAGAAGGGCACGAAAUACAACACUGCCCUCACCAUCUUCUUUGUGCCAUACAUUCUUCUUGAGAUCCCCUCCAACAUUAUCCUCAAGAAACUGAAGCCUCAUGUCUGGUUGUCGCUCUGCAUGUUCGGCUUUGGCCUCGUCAUGAUCUGCCAAGGGCUUGUCUCCAGCUGGGGUGGAUUGAUGACCACUCGAUUCUUUUUGGGUGUCUUUGAAUCGGGCAUGUUUCCAGGAUGCUUCUACCUGAUGGGCAUGUGGUACAAGCGAAGCGAAGCACAAAAGCGCUUCAGCUUCUUCUUCAGUUCCACGACUCUUGCGGGCGCCUUUGGUGGCUUGCUCGCCUAUGGAAUCGGACAGAUGGAUGGUGCUCGCGGGUGGAGAGGCUGGCGUUGGGUGUUUGUGAUUGAGGGUGCCAUCACCUGCGCCUUCGCCAUUGUCUGGUUAUUUGUGCUGCCCGACUUUCCCGAAGAGGUCAAGUGGCUGAGCGAUGAGGAGCGCGAGUUUGUGAAAGCCAAGCUGGCUAAAGAUGUCGGCAAGUCAGCUCACCACAUCAAGAUGGGCUGGCGUGAGGUCGUGGGCGUCUUAAAGGACUACAGGGUUAUCAUCGGAGGCUUUAUGUACUUUGGUCUCAUUGUUCCCGCAUAUGGUCAGUAUGGCCUUAUCAUGCCUCAAAGCCGUUACGCAUAUUUUGCACCCUCGAUCAUUAAAAGCUACGGAUACUCUCCUGUCAAAACCCAACUAUACUCAGUGGCACCAUGGGCCGCCGCGUUUGCUUUUUCUCUCGUCAUCGCCUGGUGCUCUGACCGUCUGAGAUUCCGCUUUGCAUUUACCAUCUUCCCAAUCUGCGUGGCAAUCGCUGGCUUCGCCAUGCUGAUGUCCAUUCACGGUAAGGAGAAUCGAGGAGCCCAGUAUGGCGCACUGUUCCUAGUCACCAGUGGUGCGUACAGCGCCAUGCCUGUCAUUGUCUGUUGGUUUGCUAUGAACCUCGGUGGCCAUCACCGACGCAGUGUGGGCUCAGCCUGGCAGAUCGGCUUUGGUAAUAUUGGCGGCAUUAUCGCCACCUAUUCCUUCUUCGACAGCGACGCACCCCUGUACAGAACAGGAUAUAGCAUCUGCAUCUCGUUCUGCUGUCUGUCCAUCGUGGCGUGCACUAUCUACGGCUUCCUACUUUGGCGCGAAAACCGCAAGCGCGACAACGUGCCCCCAGAAGCUCUCCCAUCGUCGACCGAGGAGGAGUAUCUCGGCGAUCUCGCUCUCAGCUACCGAUACCAGCUUUAG